AUGGCUGGGAAGGGGCCGGGGCUACGUGGCAACACCAAGGAUUGGGCCCCUCGUGUCUCCUCCGUCAUCCACCCCCGGCACGCCAACACCUUACAAGUUGAAGAUGUGGGUAGGCUUCAGGGCCGCGUUGCCUCCCCUCCCGGCCGGGCUCCCCUGGCAGGCCAAGCUCACGCUUUCCCAGCACCAGAUGCCACGCUGGAGGCGGACAGGUGGGCAAGGGGCAAACUGCCCCCAAUUAAGGCUUCCCUGUGCGUGCCAACCUUGGGGGAAGGUCCGGAGAGGAGGGACCCUGCACCUGGACCACGACCAGGCGCAGGCGCAGCAGUGGGGGCACGUGGAGGGGCAGGUGAGGCCGUGCCAGCUGUGCCGGGCAGCGCUGCCAGGGGCCAGAGGUGGCCGCACCCCUCCGCUGCCGACAAACCCCUCACCGGGCACCGCCGGCAGCAGCUGGAGCUGACGGCGCUCAGGGCCCAGCUGGCCCAACAGGAGCGGGACACGGCGGUCCUCCUGUCCCGUGCUCGGCAAAGGGAGGAGCUGCUCCUGCCCCCCAUGGAUGUGGCAGAGGGGUGCUUGCCACCCUUGACAGGAAGCAUUAGCCACUACCAGGCGGAGGACUUGGGCACCCAAACUGACCGGCCCGCUACCUCGGAGGCCAGUACCCAGACAGAGGGCUUUGAGCAGGAGCACGCCAGCACCCAAACCAGGGCCAUCUGUCUGGAGGAUGUCGGGUGCCAGGUUGACCCCCCGGCUACAACAGACACCUGCACGCAGACCAAGGCUCGCCGGUGUCUAAAAGCGGCUGGACACAGGGAGAGUCAGGAGCAAAUGCCCCUCCAAGGGGAUCGAGGAGGGGACACAAACCACCAUGCUCCUCUCCAAGGAGGCCAGCACCCAGGCAGAGGGCCCUGGGCACCAGGACAUCUGCACCCAGACAAGGGCCCUCUGCCUGGCUAAUGUUGGGUGCCAGACCAACCCCCUUCCGGGGAUGGAGGCGAGAAGCAAGAAAGGACAGGGGGAAUGUGCUGACACUGCGGCAGAGGGGAGGAGGAGAAGGGGACGAGCAGCACGGAGGUUCAACCUUGCAUGGAUACUGCCGUGCAGCUUCGCCCUCCUCAGGCGUUGAAGGCUGUGACUCCUCCCCUCCCCGUCCACCCCUGUCCUCCCCUCCCUCCAUCCUCCCCUCCCUGAUCCGGGAUGGGUCCACAGGAUGACAGCGUUGGUGCCUCUGGCUCUCUGAGCAGACCCCCGCACGACUCACCUUGGCACUGCGGCUCAGGCAGCCCGGCUACAUUGAAGGAGCUGGUGCCAUGCCAAACCGUGGAGACUUGACGAUUGGCCAAGUGAGCCUGGAGAUGGAGGUACCGGGGGCUUGCAUUCAGACUAUGGAUAUUUAUUUGGAUGCUCUCGUCAUGGCCAGAAGGGAGCCGGUGGUUUUCCCCAAGGCCAGCACACCCGGGGAAGAAUUGGACACCUAUCUUGCUUCUGUAACAUCCAGAAAAAAAUACUCUGAAGCUCAGGUCGCACUGCAAGGAGUCCAGCAGGUGCCCCGGGAGGUGGAAACACCCGGAGAAACACCACACGCUAUCCUGCCUGCUGGAGAAACAGGGGCCCAGGUGGACGCUCUUUCUCCCAGUGGAGUCUGCGAACACCUUGGCUAAGAUGCAGCAGGACCUCAAAAGGUGCACAGAAGCCUGGGCCAAAGCCUCCACCUCAGAUGGGCCUGGGAGAGGGCUGCUCAGGGAAACAGCGAGGAGGCUUCCCAAUACCACAUACCCAGUCGGUAUGUCUGCAGGUUUGGAGCUGCCCAGCAGAAGGCUGGUGGGAAAGUGGGGCUCAUGCUGGGGCAGCGGUGGCCACCACAAGACUAUAGUAUCCCUGGCACAGUUCCAAAGUGAGACAAACUGAUGUGAAAAAGGGAACACAUUUGGAGGUAAAGGGGCCCGAUGGUGGGUGAGUGAGGGGUGCACCAGGAACCAGACUACCCCUUGCCCCAGAAACUGAACAUCUGAUGUGGAGGCAACGUUGCCCUACUUGGCUGCCCAGUAUUAGCCAUUGAACUUCCAUUCCCUGUUUAGUUGUGAUUUUUUACAUAAAAGGCACAAGCAAAAUCAUUGCAGUCUCAAUUUUAUUUAGACACCUAGCAUAGCAGAAAAGACAACAUCAUCAUGCUGAGAUGUCACCAGGGCUAAUUACAAGACCUAAGUAGAAAGGGCUGGGCUGUAGGGAAGGAGGAGCUCCAAAGAAGUCAUGUCAAUGAAGUCACACCUGGACCCUCAGGGACCCACUGAUCACCACCUCCAGGCAAGUGCAGGUUCUCCCAGUGGAAACAAUAAGGUCGUGGCAUGGUGUGGUGUGACCCAGUGGGGUGGGAUGUACCUGCGUCUAGCGUGAGCCUAUUCCAAACCCUCCCCCUCUGCAGUAGAAGUCUCUUCCAUCAAUCAGACCUACAUCCUUUCUGACACUAGGUCAAGCCCAGGACAAUUGCAGUGAGGCCAGGUGUUUGCAGUGGCAUCUGCGGAGAGAACUACAGAGGGGUGAGGAUCCUGCAGCACUACAGACUCCAUGUGCAGGUGGCCUAGGCAGAGCAGGAUGCCUGAUCCAGCCCAUUGCCUGACUUCCCAUUGGAUCCAGAGUUGCCCUGUUUCCCAGGGCCAACAAACAAGCUGUCACAGGAAGUCUCUUGUAAACCCUUUCCAUGUUCCUUGAAUUGUAGGAGAAUGCUCUGUGGGCUGCCUGGCGUAGGUCAGGGUACCUCUUGCUGCUGUCCCAAUGCAGCAGGUAAAGCCUAUGGCUUGCAUGUAAUGGACAGUGGGAUUUCCAGCAGCAAUUAUUACUUUUUUUGCAAUGUAUUUUGCAAAGUACAGUCCUUCCUAGGCAGACGGGCAGGCCUUGAUCCCUCAAGUGGGCUGGGGAGGGACACUGGGACACCAUUGAAGCUGUGACCAAGGUUUACAUUUGAAAGGCUGUGGCUGGAGUGGGAAAGGAGUUUGUGUUUUUCUCUUUUUCUCUUUUGCUGAGUAUGUUGCUUCAGUUCAGGCCUCUCCUCCUGCAAGCACCAACCCCACAAAAUCCUUUCCUAAUGCUGAGAGUGAUAGGCAAAGUGUCUGCGUGCAGGUCUGCAACACGCUGUCUGCUAGCGAUGGCCACUUGAGGAAAGCUGCACAGAAGUAGCCCGCCCAAGUGCCUUGCAGAAGCAUCUUCAUUGUCGUGAUGUGGAGAUCACAGGGGUUUCACUUAUGCAGGCUUUUUGUUCUGCUUUAUUUUUCUCUCUCAUAGGCAGAGGCCUGUCCUUGCAAGGCAUCCUCACAAGGAUCACAACUGUGAUGUGAUGGAGAGGCUUGGCUGCUAUCAUUGACCUCAAGAGUGACGCUGUCUGCAGUCGUGUGCUUCUGCUAGGGUCCCCCGUGUCAGCAUGGUGGAGAGCGAGUUUGCCCAGUUAAUAGUGAUCCAAAGAUAAAGAUAAAAGGCAUUGCUGGUGGAGCAACCAGAUGAAGCAGGAAUCAUGCACGAUGGUGGCAGAACAGAAAUCUUCAUUCCUCUUGGUUUUCCUUGUCACGAGAUCCAGGUUUCCAUCCUGUGAAGUACUGUCUGGUUGCUCACAUGCCACUUCAUCCCCAUGUUAAAAGGAGAUGUGCACAAGCUUCUUGCUUCAAUAGCAAGUCCCACCACGAUGGGUGAGUGACGAUGGAGGCAGAUGCUAGCGAUUACCAGCAGCCGCUAGUCACAGACCUGCCCCUACAGACAAUGACUGUAUGAUGGUUAUUUUGAAUAUGGAACUGAGACAGGUGUGUGAUUAGGCAGCUGCAAUUAUGACUGAGCAGGCCUAUUUCAGAUUAACUCUGCUAUCCUGCCUGUGGAGGGCACUAGGAAAGGCACCUUUGGACACCCGUGUCAUGUCCCCUGCCCGGGAUCCGUUCAAGUCAGCUACUGAGGUUUGCUACCUGGACUGUCCACACCCUGGUGCACAGUACAGACAGCGCCCAACUGGAUUGAAGGACAGCACUUGUGCCCAGACCUUCAUGGAUUUCUCUUCCUGAACAAGUGUGCAGAAAACCUCUACUCAUCACAAAGCAACUGAAUGAAACAUUGAACUUAUGACAGGCACUUGCAGGUGCCUAUAUUCAAUUCAUUACCAAUUUUUGAGGAACUUGAUGACCCACAUAGGCCAAGGCUUAUGUAGAAGAAGGCCAUUUUGGAUUGUGGGAAAAGAACUGAAUCAUGGAAGCUUUGAUUUCAAGAAAAAUGGCCCCACCAAUGCAAGACAAUUGAUCUCAUUAAUACAUUACUUAUCAUGGACCCCAUUUCCUAACCUCGUGGCUUCACUUUACUAAGCAGAGCUGGACUACGUUGAACAAUUUGGUAAAUGGGUUUUUAUGAAAGACCCGCGGUAUGAGUGUGGUGAGAUGCAUAUUGUAGCACAUAUCAUGGAGGAAUGUCUAAUCCAUCUUUUUAAUGAUUGUAUUGAAAAACUGCACGAGGCUGGUGCUGAAGACCUGCCAUGGAUAUCAUACCAAAAAGUGUCACUGUAGUCUUAUCCUUUAGUGUCAAUGCUUAGAGCUUGUUCUGCUAUUGAGUUGCUGUAUCCAUCUGAAUAAAUCUCAAAGCAGAACUUGGAAGCCAUUGUGCAAGCAACCCGGCUCAAAACCCUGGCACCUAAUGGACUGUAUCCUAGGGCAUUGCAAAGUCCACCUCAGCACCGCUACGACCAGAGCCGUGCAGGACUCCGACUGCCACAACAGCCACAGCAGAAGCGCUCACGUCGCAGCCCGCUCACAUUUCCUCAAUCUGCAGAUUCUGCUGAAUCCCUGUCGUCAAUUAUCUCAGGUGGGACACGAGAAGAAGUUGAGGAAAGACAAGCCCCAAAGGCUGUUGAGUAAAUCCUCGCCUGAUAUGUUGCAUCAUGUCCAUCCCUACAGCCACAAAAUGAUGUUGUGAUGGGCUAGCUGGCAGUGACUUAGCCCAGAGGUUUUGAAAGGGCAAAAGAUGAUUGGAGGACUUGGGAUUCCCUUUCCUCACUAAUCAGGCCCCAGAGACUCACCCUCCAUGUCCCCUGAUUGGCCCCUCGGGUCACCUGGAGGGGGAUAAAAGGGGCAGCAUGGCUGACUCAGGGGACACCAGUGAGGAACCACAAGGAAGGAGCUGGCAAGAGCUGGGCCAGUGGCGUGGGAGGAGCAGCACUUGAAGGAGUGGGACCUGCAGGCAGCAGUUGGACCUCAGCAGCGCGGCGUGUGGCCGGCAGGAGAGGCUCCCCACUGGGCUCCAGGCUCCCCUAUGAGAGGCUGCAGCCAGCAGGAGAGGUUCCCUAGCCCCAGUAAGGAUCUGAGCAGCCACCUGAGAGGUUCCCAGCUCUGUUCCCAGCUCCUCCAAUCAGAGACCAGGCAGCUCGAGGUGAGGCUGGGGCUUAUGGAAAGUCAAGAGCCCUAGCAGCUCAGAGUAGUGUCGUGGAAACACACGCAGCAUACUUUUGGGUCAGGUCAGCAGAAGCUUUUAUUCAAAAGAAACUACAGCUGUAGGGGGGAUUCCAAAGUGACAUGAUUUCCCAAGCACUUGGAAGGGGUUCCCCCACAAGAGCAAAAUCAGGAGGCUUUUUAACAGUCGCUUACAACUCACGUGAUCAUAUAGUGAAAUUAGCAUGAAAAGCGGCUAUAACAUUACUUCAUUAUUUCUUUGCUGUAAUCAGGAUGGGAACUUAUGUGGGAGGCGAGGUUAGUUCACAAACUUCCUUCUAGCACCUGGAAAUCAGAGUUGUACAUGCUUUUUGCUAUCUUCAAGGCUGCGGUGAGUGAAGCAGUUGCAGAGGAGUUACAAAGAACAAACACUUUCCCUUAACUGUUCUACUGUACAGAGCCAGCAAUUCUCCACAAAACGGUUAUGUCAUCUUAUAACUCAAAUGAUCAAAGUUUAAGGCAUUUAUUAUUGUUUUUGAUUCCACAUUAGUACCAGCGCUGGUGGUUGUGUAGUAGAGUUUUUACCUACCACAGGGGAUAUCUGAGUUCAAGUCCUAGCUGGGGUGAGUGAGGUUACAGGGAGAAAUUCUUGUUGCAGUGGAAAGGGGUCAUUGUUUUCCCCCUUCCCCCACUCCAGGUACCUAGCCCCUAUAUUCCUUGUAAUUUGACGUUUUGUAUUUUGUGCUUUUUAUAUUUCACCAACCAGUAUUGUUUGUUCUGCUGUUUGUGUUUUAUAUUUGUUAACCCUGUCUUUUGUCAGUGAUUGUAAGUGUCUAACCUUUGUCGAAUCCUGCCCCCUUGGGGCGUUGUAGUGUCCCCUAUACCCCCUGGUUUAUGCCCUGUUAUGUUCCCAGUACUGUUCUCUCAUUAAAAGGUGUAUGGUUAAGGCCCCAUUGGUGGUCUGGCUCUGCUCUAUAGCUGGAGGAGAGUUCCUACACCUCCCACAGUGCUUGUGCACCUGCUUUGAUCCCUUCAAUUGGAGAGGGGGUACCUCUUGGAGUACCACCUGGGUUACAAUGUCAACCAAAGAAGCAACCAAAGAAGAGGGUCAAUCUCAAGUGCUUGAGAAACCCUGGCACAGGACAUCACCUGCAGCGGUGCCUCCGAGACAAUCGUGCCGACUGCCCUGAUGCUCUUGACACCACUGAUCCCUCGAGAAAGAGCGAGAGCUUCAAGAAAGGCAUCCGUGAGGCGUGCCAGAACCUCCAGGCUUCUCCACAAAGAAACCUCAGCACUGGCUCAAUGAGAACGAUUGGGAAAUUCUUGCCUUCAGAAUGGACAGAGCACACAAUGCCACCACCUCCAAAUAGCAGGACCUACAUUCGUGCCCGUCAGUACAGAUCAUUCACUCAGCGGCCCCUCCCACAUGGACAGUUUUGCACACAGAGGUGAAAAAUGGAUUUCCCUCUUUGUGUGUGUGUUAAGGAAAGCCACCAUUGAAUAGGUGUGUAAUGUGUAACAUGUAAUAAAAGGAAGUAGUUUUUAUUA